AAAAAAAAAAAAAUUGGUGCAUGGCUAGGAUGAUGAUGAAAGUAGCUUUCGCGAUGACGUGCGUUCUGGUUGCAGUCACACGUGCCGACGCAGCGUACCGUCCUUGGCCUCCGGAGUGCGUAGACGUGGCGAACGUGAUGGUGGAGCAGUGCAAAAUGUUCUUCGUUCAUCAGGAGUCUCCACCAACAGCCGAAUGCUGUCGCUGGUUCAGUAGUCGCCGUAAGAACGCGAAGGAGAGGCGAAGGCUUUGCCGGUGUAUGGAGUUUUUGACAACAGCCUUCAAAACACUCAGGCCAGACGUUUUGGCUCUCUCUGACCAGUGCCAUUUCAGUUCUGGCUUUCCCAUGUCUAGAGACCACACAUGCACUUGUAAGUUCGUUGCUUUGUUGAAUCUUUGAUCCACCUUAACUUUUUUUUCUUUCUGUUUUUGGAUUGGAUUCUUCGGUAUGGUUUUGGAUGAGCCAAACGAGGUCGUUUUGGUGUGAUUUUGAUUCUAAUCAAAAGUGAAAUGCUUGUUUGUGUCUUAGCAACUAUAUAAUACGUUUAUUGUUUCUCUGUUUCGGCAGAGCAUGGGAGACUCAAAGAUGAUGACACGGCCUAGAAGACGGACACUCUUACUAUUGUAUUUUUAAGUCUGGCGAUUUCUUAUUUUCAUUCGUUUGUGAAGAAAAGCAUGCUUACAUAAUAUAUUACAUCUUCUGGGAAACCUCAUUACUGGGUUUUUACAUGCACAGUUCGAGCAUAUAUAUCUCUAUCUUGCAAACUCAAUGGUAAACUAUAGACA